AUGGCUCUCUCGCGCCGUGCAAGUGGCUCCAGCUUCCGCGAAAGUCUUUUCUCGUCACCAACGCCUGCAUACAACGGUAUCAUGAGCACAAAUAGUCCACGCCACCUCGGACUAGUCUCAACGGCCUUACUACCGGCCAACCGCAUGAUCGGAGCAGCAAUAUUCUCUGUCCCGUCCUCGAUCAUAGUUUCCGUUGGCAGUGCAGGCGCCGCACUCUCUUUAUGGGUACUCGGACUGACUCUCUCACUGUGCGGCUUUUACAUCUGGCUGGAAUUAGGGUGCUUGAUGCCAAGCAGUGGAGGAGAGAAAGUAUACCUCGAGGCUGCGUAUCCCCGACCGUAUCGACUUGCUGGCACUUUAUUUGCCUUCUACAUACUGUUUGCAUUUGGAGGCCUGGCGAGCAUUGUUGUCGCCGAUAACUUCCUUCUAGCAGUCGAUUGCACUGCCUCUGACCUACAGAAGCGAGCACUUGCAAUUGCCGUUUGCUUUAUAGUCGCAGCGAUCCUAUCCGUAUCGCAAAAAUGGGGCCUCCGUAUCAUGAAUCUUCUGGCCUUGGUGAAGAUGGCCAUAUUGCUGCUGAUUAUAUGUACCGCCUUCGCCAUCACUGUCGGCGUGAUUCCGAGCAAAGGCCCUACGGACCGGGGGACCAAUUUCCGGCAGCCGUUCGCAGGGUCGUCGAGCAAUAUCUAUGACUAUACCGUAAGUCUGUUUAAAGUCCUUGGUUCGUUUCAAGGGUGGAAUAACUCCAGCCUGAUCCUCGGGGAGGUCUCCAACCCACAACGCACCCUCAAGAUGGCUGGUGUAUUCGGCGUGGGAUCCGUAGGGGUCCUCUAUCUUCUCGUUAAUGUCUCCUAUUUGAUCAUCGCCACGCCAGACGACAUCAGGCAAACCGGCCUACAACUUGUGGCCCGCAUACUGGGCAGCGUGUUUGGGAGUGCAACGACACGUGUGACCGGCGCCAUGGUCGCACUCUCUUCCCUAGGCAGUAUCAUUGAUCCCGGCAUCCGGCAUCCUUUCCACGACCACUCGCUCCGGAAAUCCAACACCGGCAACAUUUGUGUACCUAUUCGGGACGUCGGCGGCAGCAUGGCACUGAUUCCGUUCGGUGAUGCCUAUGACUUUCUCAUUGAUGCAUCGCAGUACCAGGCCGCGAUGAUCAAUUUUGCGGUAGUAGUUGGACUGUUUAUCAUCCGCCGAAGAGUAUCGGCCACGGAGUAUCCGUUUCGUGUGUGGACGUCCAUCGCCUAUGUCUUCCUGGCUGUUCAGGUCUAUCUCCUUGUAUCGCCAUUUUGGAGCCCCCAGGGCCAGGGCGAUACCAGUCUGCCAUACUGGCUCGCGCCGAUGGUCGCUAUUGCGGGCUUUGGAUGCGGAGCGCUGUACUGGUGGUGGGCUCGAGAUAAGACUGUUACUCGAGACCCGCCAUUCCGCACCCUGCGUGACAGAAUGCAAGCGUACGGGUCUGUGUCGGCGGCUUGA